AAUAUUUGAACAUUGAAUGCAUUCGUCGUCUAUACGACGACGACUGAGCAAUUUAAAACCACAACCGGACACCGCGUGCUACUCCGCAGGCCUCCGGCGAAUCACUCUCUAUAAAUUCACAUUCACUUUACUUUAGCUUCACAUUUUCUAGAGAGUGUUGACACUUUCUCUCUCAUCAACAGUCAACUGGCAGAUGUCUAGUAAGAAGAAUUCAACGUUUAUUUGUUGUUUCCUGUUAGCAUUUUCGAUUACUUUUAUUUUUUGUUACAGCUCCGCCAUUAACGGCGGCGAUGGAUGGCUCACCGACGGGGAGGUGAGUUACAUCCUGCAACGGCAGUUAUUGCACUACCGAGAUGAGUUAGCAGGUAGAGGUGAAAAUGUUAGCGUAGAUCCUACGCUAGGGUUUGAAAACCCUAGGUUGAGAAACGCUUACAUUGCGUUACAAGCGUGGAAGCAGGCGAUAAUUUCAGAUCCGCAAAAUCUUACCGUUGAUUGGACCGGAUCCGGUGUGUGCAACUACACCGGAGUGUUCUGUGCACCCGCACCUGAUAACCGCUCUGAAUUAACGGUCGCUGGAAUUGAUUUAAACCACGGUGAUAUCGCCGGUUACUUGCCGGAGGAGCUAGGUUUACUCACCGAUUUAGCAUUGUUUCAUCUGAAUUCUAACAGGUUCUGUGGAACCGUUCCGAAGAAGUUUCGGAACUUGAAACUACUGUUUGAACUUGAUCUGAGUAAUAACAGAUUCGCCGGAAUAUUCCCUCACGUUGUUCUUAAAUUACCGAAGUUGAAGUUUUUAGAUAUCCGGUUUAAUGAGUUUGAAGGCGGUGUGCCUAAAGAACUGUUUGAUAAAGAUCUGGACGCUGUUUUUAUAAACCAUAACCGGUUCAUGUUCGAAAUUCCGGAUAAUUUUGGCAAUUCGCCGGUGUCUGUGAUUGUGUUAGGGCACAAUAAGUUUGACGGAUGCCUUCCUGCGAGUAUCGGCAACAUGUCGAAUACGUUGAAUGAGAUUAUUAUGAUGAAUAAUGGAUUGAGGUCCUGUGUGCCGGAAGAGAUAGGGUUGUUGAAGGAAGUGACAGUGUUUGAUGUGAGUUUUAAUGAGUUGAUGGGGCAGUUACCGGAGAGUGUUUCGGGUAUGGUUAAUGUGGAGCAGUUGAAUGUGGCCCAUAACUUUUUGAGUGGGAGGAUACCGGAGAGUGUUUGUAGGCUGCCCAAGUUGGUGAAUUUUACGUUUGUGGAUAAUUUCUUUACUGGUGAAUCGCCGGCUUGUUUGAAGUUGCUGGCUUUUGUUGAUAGGAGGAACUGUUUGCCGGCAAGGCCGGCGCAAAGGUCUGAGGAGCAGUGUAGGAGGUUUGCUUCUAAGAAGAUACAUUGUAGUGCAUUUAAUUGUGCUCCAUUUGUACUGCCGUCGCCGCCGCCACCGCCCGUCUACUUGCCGCCACCACCUGUCUACUCUCCCCCGCCUCCACCAGUUGCAUCCCCACCACCACCAUACGUCUAUUCAUCACCACCGCCACCAUACGUCUAUUCAUCACCACCACCACCGGUUGCAUCCCCACCACCACCUUAUGUCUAUUCAUCACCACCACCACCGGUUGCAUCCCCACCACCACCUUAUGUCUAUUCAUCACCACCUCCACCAGUUGCAUCCCCACCACCACCAUCGGCAGCCCAAUCUCCACCACCACCUUAUGUCUAUUCAUCACCACCACCACCGGCAGCCCAAUCUCCACCACCACCAUCGCCGCCCACUUGUAUUGAACCGCCUCCUCCGCCACCUCCUUGUGUUGAGAACUCUCCACCACCUCCAACUGUUUACCAUUCACCACCACCACCACCAGCUAUGAUUUAUACUCCGCCAGCUCCGGUAUACGAGGGGCCUUUACCUCCGGUGACUAGCGUCACGUAUGCUUCCCCUCCGCCACCGCCCUUUUACUGAUUCAUUAGAGAAAAAAGGAAAACUUAGUUACAGUAGUACAACCAUCUAUUUCUUCUUUUUCCUGAUAACAAUUAUAAUUCAUGAGACGGAUAGUUUUUUCGAA